AUGGAUGUCAGAAUAAGUGUGACUAGACUAAUGCAAACAUUUGACGAAGAACAAGCAUCGUACGAAAUUUUUACGAAUGAAUGUGAAACACUGAAUUCAAAAAAUGAAAGUAAAACCAAGCCACGGCGAACCUGUGGAGCUAUUGCCGCAGUAUUUAACUGUGGCAUUAUUUUCGGUUUAGCUGAACUAUUCCGAUCUGAGUCUAUCAAACAAGUUUACCAAUUUAAGGCUAAUAUAUUUGAUGGAAGAGAAGACUUAUUACCUAAUGUGGUUUGUUAUGAUGAUGCUUGCCAUCUUAGGCGUUUUUCGUGGAAUACAAAAAGGAAUUUAAAACAUGAAACAAAACCAUCACAAAAAUUAGCCCAAAUGGAUUUUACGAUCGAUAAAUUCCACAUUAAGAAUCACAAAGAACCUUGGUGUCUUAAACACAUGGAUCCUUAUCAACAUCCAGUCGUGAGUACGGUCAACACAGGGGUUUAUCAUGAAUCAUUUCGACAUAUCAUAUUAGUAUUUGGAACAGUUGGCUAUUCGAGAGAACUAUUUAAUCGCUUCGAUGGCGAUUUGUUAUUUAAACAUUCGGGACUUGAACCCUUUCAACAAUCAUAUGCAUAUGAAUUAUCUAUUAACGGAGUGCAUGAUACAACAUAUUUUGACCGUCGUCAUUUCCAGUUAACAUGGAUGUUCUACAAAGCGGCUGAAUCAAUGUAUAAAAGAGGUGUACGUUACGUCCAGAUGCCAUUGGAACGGUUCACGAAAAGAUGA